AUGAGAUAUGUAUCUCGCCGGCUCUCAAGCAGUGGCCGAGUACUGAGCGAGGAGGAAAAAGCUGCAGAAAAUGUCUACAUCAAGAAAAAGGAGCAAGAGAAGUUGGAGAAACUUGCUCGUGAGGGCCCAAAACAAGAAAAAACACCUGCAGCUGACUCAGGAGGCUCGGGUUCGAUAUCCGAUGCCAAACCAAGUGGCCAGACCUCUUCAACACCCAAAGUGUCGACUGACAACUAUAGAAACUACGCUGUUGUAGCGGGUAUUGCAACUGCUUUUGCUGCUUUUGGAUGGUAUUAUGGGUCGAAGAAGAAGGAAUCUGACAAAGUGCAAGAUUGA